GUAAGCUUAACACAUCUAAGUGGGUUUCUAAAGUUUAUAACAAAAAAAUAAAUUGUAUUCGAGGAGUACUAUCGGGAAAUAAAGAAUUACUAUAAAAACAAUGUCACCAGGACAUUUCCAUGAUUUCGAGAAUUUAACACAAAAUAAUAUAAUAACUAAAACGAUUUUUCAAUAUUUAAGUCUGAAGGACCAAUUAACGCUAGCUCAAGUAACAUUACAAUUGAAAAAUUUAUACCGGAAUUUUAUUUGGAAUGUUGAUUAUGAAAAACUGGUUAUUAUUAAGUGUCCACAAGAUUUUCUGGUUUGCAAUGAGACCAAUAUAAACAUGUUGGCCUUGAGUUUGGCGGAACUUGAAGAAUUCAUAAAUCUAUAUGGCUCAGAUAUAAAAGAGCUGAAUUUACAAUAUUUAAGUAAAUAUGAGUUAUGCCCUAGCGAGUUAAAAGAAAUCGGUGUAGAUAUAAAAGAAAUUUAUGAAAAACGCCAUUUUGUUUUAAGUCUUGAAAAAAUACCAAAUUUAAUAUCGCUAAGUUGCAAUAAUAUGAUUUUAACACAAGCGGAUAUACAAAGUAUAGCCAGAUAUAGUACGACUUUGGAGAAGUUAAGCAUUUAUAGCUGUUUCAAUGACAAAUGUGAUGUGUUUGCAUUGGGCGGAGAUCUAAAGUUGAAGACACUAUUAGAUAUGAAGCAAUUGAAAUAUUUGUGCAUGGGAAGCAGCAUGUUAUUGACAUUAAGUUAUGAAGAUUUUCACGAAUUAAUUACCAAAUCAAAACUUAAACAAUUAUAUUUGAAGUAUAAAAUAGAAAAGGAAAAGGUUAAUAUAUAUGAAGAUCAGUGGGAAGUCAAUGCCUUAGAAGAAUUAGAAAUUGGAACUAACUUAACGGAUAUGAAAUGGGGUUUAUAUUUUCAGGGUUUUAAAAAUCUCAAAGUAUUAACAUUACAAGAUAUCGGCAUUAUAAAUCGGGAGUUCUUAAUCGUUUUAGCUAAUACUUGUGAAAAAUUAAAAACAUUAUCCAUCAACUAUACGACAUUUGAAAAUAUUAAUAAUUUUCAACAGCUCAGCAGUUUGAAGGAAUUAAAUAUACAAAUCUGUCAAGGAUUAAGCCAUUCAAAUCUACGUCAAAUACUAACCGAAAUGAAUUUGCAAAAAUUUACCUCUUUAUGGACCAAAUACGAAGGCAAAUUUGAAGAUUUUAUUAUAUCCAGCAAAAUACAAUUUUUAGAGAUAGAAAUUUUAAAAACCCCCGAUUUUAAAGGAGCCUAUGAAGCCAAUGAAAAUCUACGUUCAUUGAUCUGGCAUGACGAUUAUGCAAUUCCACGACAAGUUUAUGCUUUUAACUGUCCCAACUUACAACAACUGGAAAUUGAGUCAGGUUUUAUACCACUGGAAAUUCUCUUACAAUUAAACUCUUUACAUUCUCUAACAUUAAGAAAUGUACCCGCAAAUUUUCCCUGGUCUUAUGUUAUAGAAAUAUUAGAGAAGCAUUUAUCUCUUCAGGAAUUUACCAUCAAACAUUUAAAUUAUCAUCAUCUAGAUUUAAAACUAACACCCACAAAAGCCUUCAAAUGUGUGACGAAUAUUAAUUGUAUUAAAAUUCCCACUCGAAUUUUUGAAGUGGCCAUUGAUUUUUGGUUUGAUUUAUUGUAUAAAAAUCCUAAAGUGCAACUAAUUUGUUUGGAUUGGUUUUCGAAAGAACUUUUACAUGAUUUAAUAAACAAUCCAAAAUUUCCGGGAUUUUUGCGUUUUAUAUAUAUACAGGGUUUUAAAGUUGUUUGUAAAGAUUUGCGCUAUAAUUUUGCUAAUACUUUGGAGAAAAUACACUUUAAUAAACACAAACGUUUGUCAGUAAAUAAUAAUAAUUAUGGUGUAAUAUUCAAUGGAAUUUAAUGGGUCUUGAAAAUUUCUUGAAAUUCAAAUUAUAAUUAAUUGUUAAAAAAUAAAUAAUAUAUACAUUUCCA